AUGACGAACACCGCGCACGCGACCAAGGGGGCGAUCGCCACGGACUCGACCAGCGGGACGACCACCGCGGACGCGACCAAGGGGGCGAUUGCCGCGGACGCGACCAGCGGGACGACCACCGCGGACGCGACCAGCGGGCCGACCACCGCGGGCGGGACCAGCGGGACAACCACCGCGGACGCGACCAGCGGGGCGACCAUUGCGGACGACCAAGGGGACGACCACCGCGGACGCGACCAAGGGGGCGAUCGCCGCGGACGCGACAAGCGGGACGACCACCGCGGAUGCGACCAGCGGGACGACCACCGCGGACUCGACCAGCGGGACGACCACCGCGGACGCGACCAAGGGGGCGAUCGCCGUAGAUGCGACCAGCGGGACGACCACCGCGGGCGGGACCAGCGGGACGACCACCGCGGACGCGACCAACGGGACGACCACCGCGGACGCGACCAGCGGGGCGACCGCCGCGGACACGACCAGCGGGGCGAUCACUGCGGACGCGACCAGCUGGGCGAUCCCCGCGGACGCGACCAGCGGUGCCGACCCCCGCGGACGCGACUAGCAGGGCAGACCCCCGCGGACGCGACCAAGGGGACGACCACCGCGGACGCGAGCAUCGAGGGCGAAUGCCGCGGACGCGACCAGCAGAGGCGACCGCCGCGGACGCGACCGGCGGGGGCGCUUGCCGCGGACGCAACCGGCGGGGGCGACCGUGGUGUCGUCAACCCGUUUACCGCACCCGCCCUCCAGCCGGUGUCGUCACCCCUUUCCCCCUUCCUCUUUCUCAUGGCGGACGACUCUACCCCCAUUGAGCUUGGAGCUAUUGACAACCUCGAGCUUCCCCAUGACACUACGGCCGUCGUUUGA